GAAAUAAAAGAAAAUUUUCCCCGCAAAUUCUCGAAAUUGAAAGGUUUUAGUUGUGCAGGGAAAAUGGAUGAAAUCUGGACGAUCGCCAUUGUAGGGUUUGCAGUAAAAAAGUGUGGUUUUUUUGUGAAGAACUUGAGGUUUGAUCGCCCGCUUACUUCGAGACCUUAGAUUGAUGCAGAAAGCGUCUAGAGACGAUAGGUAAUAUUGGCGUUGCGACGGAUAUCGGAAAUGGCCGGAAAGACGAUGAGCGAUGCGAGCAGUAGCAAUUUUGGUGGCGCGGAGAGAGGGGAAAGUGUUGUUUAUGACUGUAGAAGACGAAAAUCCUCGUGUGGUUACUGCAAAUCUGGUUCUCAUGGGAGCAUCACUCACGGUUUAUGGGCUCCAGAUAAUCUUACUGUUGAUGACUACCAAGAUCUCCUUGAUCGUGGCUGGAGAAGAUCUGGUUGUUAUCUCUACAAACCUGAGAUGGAAAGGACAUGUUGCCCUUCUUAUACAAUCCGUUUGAAGGCAUCUAACUUUGUUCCUUCUAAAGAUCAACUACGAGUUUCUAGACGGUUUCAAAGAUUUUUAGAUGGUGAAUUGGAGCAUGAUAAACCUGUGGAGAUCACAGAAGUUUCAAGUGCUUCCAAGGGCAGUAGCCAUGCACUUAAUGGCAAAUCUCACUCAGUAGAAAAGAACUCAUUGUCCAUUAAAAAUAACGAAAAGGAGGAAGAUCGCUUUAUGCUGCAUCUGUCUGAUAAGGUCAAUGAUGCCAUAAGUUUAUACACCAAAAGCAGCGAUCUUCCCCGUAACAUACAAUUUCCAAGAGCUUCUGUCAAAAGGGUUUCCCAUGCAAAGAAGAAAGUGCUGGUUCAAGGAUCAAAGGAUCUUGUAUACUCCAGCAAUGUUGCAUUCCAAUUGUCUGCCAGCAUAAGGCGUGCCCAAGUUGGUGAGAUGAAAGAUGGUAACUUAUCCUCAUCAGAGAGUAAUACAGCAGAAAAUGGGUUCAUUCCUAAAAUAGUUGCUGAAAAGCUGGUAAGUUAUUUGAGCCAGGUCAAUGAGCUAUCCGGUUUCUCAAUCAAAGCAUGCAAUGGACAUAUCAAUUUUUAUUCUGACAAAGGAGAAGCUUUCCUUCCGAAGAGUUCCGAUAAGGCUACCAUUUCUCAAGAAACUGCUAAAGCCAGAAGUAAAGAUUCCAGUAGGGACAAGAACCCGAAAUGUUCUUUGCAGAAGAGACGAAAGUUUGAGAUACGCCUGAAACGGUCCAGUUUUGAUCCAGUAGAAUACGCGCUGUAUAAAAGUUAUCAGCUUCUUGUGCACAAUGAUAGUCCAGAUCGUAUAUCAGAAGCCUCAUAUCGAAACUUCCUAGUCGACACCCCCCUCAACUUUGUUCCCUCAACUGGUGAUGGCACUGUUCCUCCCUGCGGUUUUGGUUCUUUUCACCAGCAAUAUUUGAUUGAUGGGAAGCUAGUUGCAGUUGGUGUUGUAGACAUCCUUCCAAGGUGUUUAUCGAGUAAAUAUUUAUUCUGGGACCCUGACUAUGCUUUCCUAUCUCUGGGGAAGUAUUCAGCCCUACAAGAAAUAGAGUGGGUAAAACAGAAUCAAGCACACUGUGCCUCUCUUCAAUAUUAUUAUCUUGGCUAUUAUAUUCACAACUGUGGAAAGAUGAAAUACAAGGCAACAUAUUGCCCAUCAGAGCUUCUUUGUCCACUUCGUUACACGUGGGUUCCAUUUCAUGCUGCGAAGCCAUUGCUUGAUCAAAAAUCUUAUGUAGUCCUAUCAGAUUUUUCACUCCAACAAAAUGGGGAAUCGUCAGCACUUGACCAGGUACCGAAUGAUAUGGAACUUGAACACGAUACCGAUUACCUGGAAGAACCAGAAAAUGAUAAUAUGGACGAGGAUGGGGAGAUAGCUGAGGAUUACUCGGACGAAUCUGAUGAGGACUUGGCCUCAGAAAGCAGUAGCCUGGCCUCUGAAAUGGAAGAUGGAGAUGUAACAAAUAUCUUAAUCGGCAUAGGCAACUCCCGUAUGAGAUACAAGGACAUAAAAGAAGCCAUCUUCCCCUCUAGAAGAAGCUACGUAGAAAAUCAGUUGGUUAGAUACAAAAGAGUGGUUGGUAAAGAGCUCUCGGAAAGGAUAGUUUAUACACUCCAGUGACCGUCAGUGCAACACCGCAGAUUUCAAUUCCUGAAGAUGUCUGAGAGCUUUCUCUGUUCAUUGUUUAUAUGUUUACUUUGUCAGCUGUAUUUGAACUUUCAUUAGACUGCUGAGGCAUUUGAGUCUUCCAUUUUCAUUUUCCAUUUGUCCAAGUCAAUGAGGAAUCUUUUCUAGAGUU